GGACCCUCCCGCGCCCCCUCUCGCUCUGCCUCUGCCUCUGGCUGGCCGCGACUGCGGCGCGGGGAGCCGCGCAGUCAGCUCUUGCCCCUGUUCUUUGCCUCUCGUUUUGUUGGUGAAGAUAUCACAGUGAUGUCUGCAUUCAACCUGCUGCAUUUGGUGACAAAGAGCCAGCCAGUAGCCCUGCGAGCCUGUGGGCUUCCCUCAGGGUCAUGUAGGGAUAAAAAGAACUGUAAGGUGGUCUUUUCCCAGCAGGAACUAAGGAAGCGGCUGACACCCCUGCAGUACCAUGUCACUCAGGAGAAAGGGACCGAAAGUGCCUUCGAAGGAGAAUAUACACAUCACAAAGAUCCUGGAAUAUAUAAAUGUGUCGUUUGUGGAACUCCAUUGUUCAAGUCAGAAAGCAAAUUUGACUCCGGCUCAGGUUGGCCUUCCUUCCACGAUGUGAUCAGUUCUGACGCAAUCACGUUCACGGAUGACUUUUCCUACGGGAUGCACAGGGUGGAAACAAGCUGCUCUCAGUGUGGUGCUCACCUUGGGCACAUUUUUGAUGACGGACCUCGUCCAACCGGCAAAAGAUACUGCAUAAAUUCGGCUUCCUUGUCGUUCACGCCUGCAGAUAGCGGCCGCGGCGCCGAGGGAGGCCGUGGGGCGGGCAGCCCAGCCCAGGCAGACAACGCGGAGCUGUAGGGGAGUGGGGAGCGAUGGAAACAAGUGUACUUAAUGCACAGCUUGUUAAAAAAAAAAAAA